AUGCACGUGACACCCGUAGCCAAGGCUCGUUCGCGACCGACACGUCACUAAACCGGAAGUGAAGCUCCUCUUGUCUUGGCAAGAUGUCGGGCCACGAUCAGCUGGUCCUCUGUCUGUGUGAACUAACGAGGUUGCUGUGGAAGUUGCUGCUGCCCCUGCUGUUCCUGUGCGCGCUCCUGGUCGCGGUUCUGGUCCUGCUGGUUCUGGCAGUGCGUCUCUGGCUUCAGAGCAACAGGAACGCCCGGCGGGCGAUGGACGGACGUCCCACCGUGGCCUUCUUCCACCCGUACUGCAACGCUGGCGGCGGGGGAGAGAGGGUGCUCUGGUGUGCCAUCAGGGCUCUGCAGAACAGGUACGUGGACAUCAACGUCGUGGUGUACACAGGGGACCUGGGUGUGACGGGCCAGCAGAUUCUGGACGGUGCACGGCGUCGCUUCAACAUCGCGCUCCCCCGCCCGGUUGACUUUGUGUUCCUGAGGCACCGUCUCCUCGUGGAGCCCGGCCUGUUUCCUCACUUCACCCUGCUGGGACAGAGCGUGGGCUCCAUCUUCCUCGGAUGGGAGGCUCUGACGGAGUUUGUCCCGGACCUGUACAUAGACUCCAUGGGCUACGCCUUCACUCUGCCCCUGUUUCGCUAUCUGGGAGGCUGCAGCGUGGGGAGUUACGUUCACUACCCCACCAUCAGCACUGACAUGCUGUCUGUAGUGAGAGAGAGGAACCCCAGGUUCAACAACCCAGACUACGUCUCCAACAGUCUGUUCCUGAGUGCCUUCAAGGUGGUCUACUACUGCAUGUUCGCCCUGCUCUACGGCAUGGCUGGCUCCUGCAGCGACCUCGUUAUGGUCAACUCCUCCUGGACCCUCGACCAUAUCCUGUCUCUGUGGCGCGCUCCCAACCGCACCAGCGUGGUCUACCCACCCUGCGACGUCAGCGGGUUCCUGGAUGUCCCGCUGGAGGAGGACGGGGACAAGAAGUGCCACUCGAUCGUUUCCAUCGGGCAGUUCAGGCCGGAGAAGGACCACCGGCUGCAGAUCAGAGCUUUCAAGAAGUUGCUGGAUAGGAGGAGGGAUGGGCCUGGGGGUAGGGAGGCACUGAAGCUGGUUAUGAUUGGCGGAUGCAGGAACCAGCAAGACGAGGACAGGGUGCUCAUGCUGAGGGGGAUGUGCCAGGAGCUGGGAGUGGCAGACAGGGUGGAGUUUAAAUUGAACAUACCUUUCGAUGAGCUGAAGAGAGAGAUGGGGGAAGCCACCAUCGGACUGCACACCAUGUGGAACGAACACUUUGGAAUAGGUGUUGUGGAGUGCAUGGCAGCAGGGAAGGUCAUUUUGGCGCACAAGUCCGGCGGUCCCAAGCUGGACAUCGUGGUACCUUUCGAGGGAGGCCAGACGGGCUUCCUCGCCGAAGACGAGGACAGUUACGCGGAGGCCAUGGACAGGAUCCUGGCACUAACGCCCGGCAGCCGCCUGCAGAUCAGACGCAACGCACGUCAGUCCGUGGCUCGCUUCUCAGAUCAGGAGUUCGAGGCCUGCUUCCUCGCCGCCAUGGAGCCUCUGAUGGGGACACUUGAACGAUGAGAAGACGGCACGCUUCCGUGUGGUUUUUUUUGGAUGCACUUACACUGUAGGGAUGGGGAUCGACUGAAUCUAGCAACAGAAAAGUGUGUAGUUCUGUCUUGUUAUUGCAAAUAUUCUGCAAUUUUUUUUUACAGGAUGCAUUCCUUCGUCAGUAGUGACACUUUAAUUCAAAAGAUGUAUAUUUAAUAUGGUGUAACGGGAGUUAAAGUUGCUGAACAAAAAGAUAUUUAUUGUUUACAAGAACAAGAAUUCUCUUCAUGCCCAAACGUGAAGUAUUUUUGAUAUUGAUGCUGAAUGUAAUAAACACGUGAUGGGAGUACGAAGUUGUUGCACUGAUUAAAGAGAAGUCUGGAAAAUCCAGGAAUCAC